AUGUCAGAAUCGAAUGCCUCGUUAACUUCCGAGUCAUCGCAUACUCGCGGGAGAGGUCGUGGGAAGUCCCGUGGUGGGCUAGGAAAGUACCUGCGCGCACGAGGCCGUGGUCGAGGUGGCCGCCCAGCAGAAUUCCACCAGCGCCUAGUGCUGGAAGGUGAACAGGUUGUCGAUCUCGACCCUGAUUCGGAAGAGACGAAAGAACUUCAACAAAAGUACGCACGGCGACACAUUGGAUCUAACGCCGAUCGUUAUGCGGAGCUCGAGCCUGAGUUAGAUUCUGACGGAGAGGAGAUUCGUGAGCCGGAAGUAGACUUGUCGUCAUUUCUUGCGAGACAGAGGUUAUCGGACGUGUCGGAGACGACUGUGGUUGCAGUGCCUCCAGUCGAUGAUGAUGACAUCGACCAUGAACUCGCACAUAUAUCGUCUCAUCGUAUCCCACCUCCGACUUCUCAGAAGGGGCGCGUACAGGCAAUUGAGUGGGACGCAGAACUUGAGGAAAUGAGUCGCGAAAAAGCCGCUGCAGAUGCAAGUCGAGAUCUGAAGGCGCGAUUCCGUGCAAAGUCGGAGAAGCUCAAAGUAAAGCCUUUGUUUUCACGCGAUACAAAACAAGGGGAUAACUAUUCUGAGGCGCCAGCUCUUCCUAAUGACACGCCGAGGAAGGCGCCCCAAGUGGAGAUGGAAAAUUUUCUUGACGAUCUUCUCAGCUAA